GCCGCCCGUGCACCCGCGCCCAGCGCCCUCCGCUCCGCUCCGCGGCCCGCCGCCAACGCCGCCACCAUGCCCAAGAGAAAGGCUGAAGGGGAUGCUAAAGGAGACAAAGCCAAGGUGAAGGACGAACCACAGAGAAGAUCUGCAAGGUUAUCAGCUAAACCUGCUCCUCCAAAGCCAGAGCCCAAGCCUAAAAAGGCCCCUGCAAAGAAGGGAGAGAAGGUACCCAAAGGGAAAAAGGGUAAAGCUGAUGCUGGCAAGGAUGGAAAUAAUCCUGCAGAAAACGGAGAUGCCAAAACAGACCAGGCACAGAAAGCUGAAGGUGCUGGAGAUGCCAAGUGAAGUGUGUGCAUUUUUGAUAACUGUGUACUUCUGGUGACUGUACAGUUUGAAAUACUAUUUUUUAUCAAGUUUUAUAAAAAUGCAGAAUUUUGUUUUACUUUUUUUUUUUUUUAAAGCUAUGUUGUUAGCACACAGAACACUUCAUUGUUGUGUUUGGGGAAGGGCAUAAGUCACAAAUAGAAAGUCUUCAAAGCUGGACUGCCCUAGGGAGAAAUUAUUUUCCCCGCCAGUUUUGAGGCUUCCUCUUGAUUCCCAAGAGGAGGGAUUCCUUGAUGUUGACACAUUCACCACCUUGGCACCCAAUGCCAUGUGGUGUGGAAAAACUAAAAUGGGUUUUGAUGUCCUGUCUCCCUCUCUGCCUUCAGCAUAGACUCGACUCCCUUAAACCCAGAGAGACCUGUUGAUCCUGGACUCCCAAAAAGUGAUUAUCAGGAUGUUAGGGCUGGACUUGAGAGCCCCCACUGAGGCAGCAGCCCUCAAAGUAAAACGGUUCCCUUUUUUCGAUUGUGAGUCUUCAGAUUGAUCAUUCUGCCAUUUUCCUUUCAUUUCCUGAAAGUCAGGGUCGGCUUGUGAAAAGUUGUUAAACAACAUGCUAAAUGUGAAAUGUCAACCCUCACUCUAAACUUUCCCUGUUCAGAGCAUCAAAUGAAGAUGUCAUUGGGUUUUAUAGUGGCUUUCUGAUUUUGGUAGUCCAUUGAAGAAGGGAGUUUGAAAGUUAUUGUAUACUGUUAACGAUUGUCUGCCCAUGUCCUGCCUGAAAUACCAUGAUUGUUUAUGAAAAGUAUCUUUAAUAAAGCUGGAUACAGUUUG